AUUUGAUUUGAUUUGACUUUGACUUUGAUUUCAUCUCAUUUCUAAGUUAAUUCUUCUUACUACUACUACUACUCUUAGUUGAUCCUUCUUCACCAAACUAUCUUCCAUUAAAGUUGGUGUGUUUUGUUUCAAUAAGUUCUUUAAUAUUAUCAUUCAUUCGCUUAGCUUCCCUUGGCAUAUAAUUAUCAUCCAUUUUUACAUAUAUACAUCCAUCUUAUCAUUAAUUUUUCAUAAUCAACCCUCUCCACUUCAUUUUCAAUUCAUUUCAUUACAUUUAGGUAUCUUUUAUCCCAGGUUACAAUUUAUUAUUUAUCAUCAUCAGCAUCACAUUUAAACUAUGUCUUUCAGAAAUAGCGUUAGUCCCAAUAAAUAUCAAGAAUUCGAUCCCGAAUCUGGUGAUGUUUCAAGAAAAAAGUCUCUUGUUAGAAGAGAAAGAUCUCGUAUGGAUCCAACUAAUCCAAGAUAUCAUUAUACCCAAGUUACAAAUCAACAAUCAAAUCAUUUAAAAGUUUUACCUAGUUCAACUGGUUUAGAUCCUCAAAAUUCUAAUUCAUCAAAUUUAUCUCCUUCAAGAUCUCAUCAACGUGGUAAAUCUCCUCUCAGACAAUCUCAUACUGCUCCUCCUAUUGGAGCUGAUGAAGAAGAUAUACCUCUUAUGGAUAUUAAUAAUUCCCCUCAAAAACAUCAAGGUCGUGAAGUUUUUGGUUUAAAUGAUGAAUUUGAUAAUAAUGAUUAUAAUGAUAGAGGUAGACAAAAUUCAAGAAAACAAAAAGUUAUUACAAAUCCAAUUAGAAAUAAUUAUAAAAUAGAUUCAAAUUCAACUUCAACUUCAGCAAAUUCUAAUAGUUUUAUUUUUUGGAAAAUUUAUUGUUAUAUUAUUACAUUUUGGGCUCCAUCUCCUUUAUUAAAAUUAUGUGGUUUAAAAACUAAAGAACGUCAAUUUGCUUGGAGAGAAAAAAUUGGUCUUUUAUCUUGUAUUCUUUAUAUUGGUACUAUGGUUGCUUAUUUAACUUUUGGUUUUACAAGAACGGUUUGUUCAAAUCAACCAAUUAGAACCAGAAAUAAUGAUGUUAAUAGUGGUUAUCUUAUUAUUAAUGGUAGAUCAUUUGAUUUAACUUCUUCAAAACAUCCUGGUGCUGCUGGAAUUCCAGCUGGUUCAAAUGUUUUAUAUCCUCCUGUAAAUGCAGGGGGUAUGGAUGCUUCAUUUUUAUUUCAAAAUGUUAAUGGUAAUUGUAAAAAUUUGAUUAUACCAAGAGAUAAUUGUACUAUUCCAACUUCAAAUGAUGAUGAAUUAGCAUGGUAUAUGCCUUGUCGUUUAUUUAAUCAAGAUGGUUCUACUCAACCAAAUAUGACUUCAGUUUAUUAUAAUGGUUGGGCUUGUCAUACUAGUGGAACUGCUAGAGAAGCUUAUUAUAGUUUAAAAGUCGAUGGUGAUGUUUAUUUUACUUGGGAUGAUAUUAGAAAUAGUUCAAGAAAUUUAGUGGUUUAUUCUGGUACUGUACUUGAUUUAGAUUUAAUUGAUUGGAUUCAAAAAGAUGAUGUUACUUAUCCUGAAUUAUUUGAUAAAUUACGUCAAGAUUUAACUUAUAGAGGUCAUGAUAUUUCAUUAGUUUUAACUAACUCUGAUGAAAGACAAGCUGCAAGAUGUCUUACAGAAAUCAUUAAAGUUGGUACCAUUGAUUCUGAUACUAUUGGUUGUAUUGCUUCAAAAGUUGUUUUAGUUGUAUCAUUAACUUUUAUUUUAUCAGUUGUGAUUACUAAAUUUAUAAUGGCUUGUUAUUUUAGAUGGGUUGUAUCAAGAAAACAAGGUGCAACUGAAAUUGAUAAUAAAUCAAUGGCAUUAAGAAGUAAUCAAAUUGAUAAUUGGACUAAUAAUAAUGAUCAAAAUAAUUCAAGUUUAUUAAAAACUGUUCCAGUUAAAAAUAGAGCCAAUUAUAAAACUGCUAAAACCAAUAGACAAAGUGUAUUUUUUAAAUCAAAUAAUCGUUUAUCAUUAGCUGCUACCACUGAAUUAAAUCAAUAUUAUGAUAAUGUUGAUACUUCUUUAUCUAAAAGUUUCAAAUAUACUACUAUGACAACUCAAAUGGCUUUAUUAGGUAAUUCUAAUAAUAAAAAAUCCAAACAAAAUAAUCGUCAAUCUACUUUAUAUAUGAGUGAUCAAGGUUCUUCAACUGAUUUAUUAAAUAGACCAGCUUCAAGAUAUAAUCCAUUUGAUAGUAUGGAAGAUACUUUACCUGGUCUUACUUUAUCCCCUGACAUUAUUCAUCCUGAUGUGGUUCCACAACCACCAGUAGAAUAUCAACCAUUUGGGUAUCCUUUGGCUCAUACUUUUUGUUUAGUUACUUGUUAUUCUGAAGGUGAAGAGAGUUUAAGAACAACUUUAGAUUCUGUGGCUACUACUGAUUAUCCAAAUUCUCAUAAAUUAAUCAUUGUUGUUUGUGAUGGUAUUAUUAAAGGGUCAGGAAAUGCAAAGACUACGCCUGAUAUUGUUUUAGAUAUGAUGUCUGAUUUUACUAUUCCAAGAGAUGAAGUUAAAGAUAAUUCUUAUAUUGCUGUUGCUCAAGGUUCAAAACGUCAUAAUGUUGCUAAAGUUUAUUCAGGGUUUUAUAAAUAUAAUGAUGAAACCAUUCCACCUGAAAAACAACAAAGAGUUCCAGUUAUAACCAUUGUUAAAUGUGGUACUCCAGAUGAAGCUAAAUCUGCUAAACCAGGUAAUAGAGGUAAACGUGAUUCUCAAAUUAUUUUAAUGUCAUUUUUACAAAGAGUUAUGUUUGAUGAAAGAAUGUCUAAUUUAGAAUUUGAAAUCUUUCAAAGUGUUUGGAAAAUUACCGGUUUAAUGCCGGAAUUAUAUGAAAUUGUUCUAAUGGUUGAUGCUGACACAAAAGUUCAUCCUGAUAGUUUAACUCAUAUGGUUGCUGAAAUGGUUAAAGAUCCCAGUGUUAUGGGAUUAUGUGGUGAAACUAAAAUUGCUAAUAAACGACAAAGUUGGGUAACUGCCAUUCAAGUUUUUGAAUAUUAUAUUUCUCAUCAUCAAGCUAAAGCUUUUGAAUCAGUAUUUGGUGGGGUUACUUGUUUACCAGGUUGUUUCUGUAUGUAUAGAAUCAAAGCUCCAAAAGGUUCUGAUGGAUUUUGGGUUCCAAUCUUAGCAAAUCCUGAUAUUGUGGAAAGAUAUUCUGAUAAUGUGGUUGAUACUUUACAUAAAAAGAAUUUAUUAUUAUUAGGUGAAGAUAGAUAUCUUUCAUCAUUAAUGUUAAGAACUUUCCCAAAAAGAAAACAAAUCUUUAUUCCAAAAGCAGUUUGUAAAACUUUUGUACCGGAUAAAUUUAAUGUUUUAUUAUCUCAACGUCGUCGUUGGAUUAAUUCAACAGUUCAUAAUUUAAUGGAAUUAGUUUUAGUAAAUGAUUUAUGUGGUACAUUUUGUUUUUCAAUGCAAUUUGUUAUUGGUAUUGAAUUAAUUGGUACUUUAGUUUUACCUGCUGCUAUUUGUUUUACUAUUUAUGUUAUUGUGAUUGCUAUUAUUUCUAAACCAACUCCAAUUAUGACAUUAGUUCUUUUAAGUAUUAUUUUUGGGUUACCUGGUUUGUUAAUUGUUAUAACGGUUUCUUCUGCUAUUUAUAUUGUUUAUUUCUUUAUUUAUCUUGGUGCCUUACCAAUUUGGAAUUUUGUUUUACCAAGUUAUGCAUUUUGGAAAUUUGAUGAUUUUAGUUGGGGUGAAACUAGAACUAUUGCAGGAGAAGAUAAAGGUGAACAUGGUGGAUCUGCUGGUACUUUUGAUUAUUCCAGUAUUACUAUGAAACGUUGGAGAGAAUAUGAAAGAGAUCGUAAGAUUCAAGAAGCUAAUAAUAAUAGUAAUAAUCCAAAUGGAUUAGAAAUGCCAAGAGCAACUUGGGAUCCAUCUAAUCCAAAUCAUCAUGAACCAUUAUUAAUUGAUGAAGAUUAUUCAGAAAGUUCAGGUACAUAUCGUUAAGAGAAAUAUGUAACUAUUAAAAAGUGUCAUUAAAAUUUUUUUUAUUUAAAAUAAAGCUGGGCUAGAGACAAGACAAGACAAGACAAUACAAUUUAUAGAAAUCAAAUAAAAGUAGUUUGAAAUUUAUGUUUUUGAUCUUAUACAUUCAUA